AUGGCCAGAGGCUGGGAAUUUCCCCUGGCUUUUAUGAGCAUACUUCUUUUGUGGGAAAGAAAAGUAAUAGAAUUAAAGAAAGAAGUCCAGGUUGUAGUUUGCAGGUUAGAUUUUGAUUUGUUACAUAAGGUCAUGUCAUGACCGGAAGUGUGAUGCUCAAGAACUGGAAGUGGGUUGAAAAAGUACUUCCAGGCCUCUUGGAGUCCCAGAACUGGUUCCCAGGCUUCUUUUGAGUCCGUGAACUAGUUCCCAGGCCUCUUUCGAGCCCCUGGUAUGAAAGAAAACGACUUACACUAAAGUUUGGGCACCACACACAAAAGACGGUGGUCCACUUGGCAUUAGAGACAUUUCAAUGAUGUCAUUUGGCGUUGAUGAGUUAUGCAAAAGGGUGUCACAAAAACGCAAACAUGCCGCACAUUUGACUGUUAGUACUUGAAAAUCAUGAUGAAGCAAGCUUAACUUAUCUCUGUACUGCCAGAUUUCUCCAAUAAAACCACUGCUACAUUUAGAUCCCAAUGUAAGAAUUAAGUGACGAUGAACUGGAUAUACAUUUGUUUGUUAUAGCUGUGUUUUAUCUGGUUCUGGUAACUGAAAUGAAGAAUUUCAUUUUUUAUAACAGGAUUUCAUCAUAGAUUUUUUUGUAUUGAGCUUUCACUGCAUUAAGGUAAUUAAAGGUACAGUUAGUUAAAUGAAUGAAAGAGGGAACGGCACAAAGAUCAUUAAAAAGUGAACACUUAUUAGUCCAGAAUUUUAGUUGCUAAGAAACGUAAUUUUGGCUUGUAUGUAUUGCCUCUAGUAAAAACUGAAAACUUCACUGCCUUGACAUUUAUCAGCAUAUAGUUUUUGCAAUAUUGAAGGACAUCUGUAGCUCUGGCAGUAUUCUCCAGGAAAGUGAGCAUUUUUUGGGCUUGAAAAGCUUACACUUGUCAAAAAAAUUGACAUAUGUAACAAGAAAUACUGUGACCUGAGGCAUGCCCACUAGGUUCAUUGAUUGUCAAGGUUAAAUUUUAAGAUCCGUUUUUUGGUUAUGCAAAUUUUUUAGUGGCUAAAAUGUUUUCGCUUUACUACACUGGCAUAACAAUCAUUUUUUUUACAGAAGGUUGCCCUUUUUACUGCAACACAAUUUUUUAUAAAAAUGAUAUGUACCUUGAAAGAUCAUUAAGAAUUUUUUUCUUUGCCAAAGAUCUAUAAAUAUCUGCAAUGACUAAACCCUCAAAAAUGUGUUUAUUAUUUAUGAUGUAUCAUAAAUAUUUUCAGCAUAGUUCUCAUCCUUUUUGUUUUAUGUCUUGUAUAGUUAAUUUCUAUACAUGAUAUCCGUUGAAGGUGAAUGGAAGCUUGGCCUGUUGUUCUGGUUUAUGAUUUGAAAGAUUUAUUGCAGUUGAAUACUUUACAUGAAGUUACCCCUAGUGUGUAAUGUCACUGUUGUGUGCGGGUUGAGACAAAUGAUUGGAGACUUGCUGAGACACUAGGAUCCUUAUGUGGAAAUGUGAGACUUUCAGCAGAAGGUUAAAGACUCAAGAAACUAAAAAGAUUCUUCAAAAUCUCUCUGUAAAUCAGAUGAAAAUUUGUUGCAACCAAGGUAUUAUAAGUGCUAUCCACCUACACGGGGUCGUGUAAAUGAUAUAUGUGGAGUCAUCUACAUCUCUCUGUGUUGCUAAUAAACGAUGUGGAUUGUGUGUAACAAGUCUUAGUUCAGUAAUCCUAGGCAAUUUUACAAGCACUAAACAGCUGUGCUUAAAGGGCAACAUAUUUCUUGAUCUUUAAUAAGUAUCUUGUUUUUUCUUUGCAGAUUAACAAUGCCGCCUAUACGAAAACCAGACCUGGAUAAACUAAAGCUACAUCCAAAGCCGUACCUGAGUAGAUCAGUUGGUGCUUCAGGUUUUAAAAACUCACUUGACAAGGGUGCAAAAUUCAGUUUAAGUUCGAGUUGUUUUGGUGCCAUUACAACAGAGAAAGGGGAGCCUGAUGAUGACUUGACCAGCCUCAACUGGUUACAGAGCAAUGAUAUUUUGAAAGAUUUUGAUGUGUCGGCAACUGUACCUCCAGUUUCCCCUACAGCAGACAUAAAUGGGGACAUUUUUGAGACCCCUCCCAGAGGGGCACAGUCCAAAGGACCCUUCUCCCCGGACUCGUUAGCUAACAAACGCAAGAGUCCAUCAAAGCCUCCAUAUUCUUUUUCGUCGCUCAUUUUUAUGGCUAUUGAGGAGGCUCCUAUGAAGAAAUUGCCUGUUAAAGACAUUUACAACUGGAUAAUGGAACAUUUUCCAUAUUUCCGUGAUGCAAGACUUGGCUGGAAAAACUCUGUUCGACACAACCUUUCCCUUAACAAAUGUUUCAAGAAAGUAGACAAGGAUAAAGGACAGGUGAGGAAGGACAUUUUAUUUACAUCGUUGAUCUUCUUAAAUAUGAACUUGAAAAAUGCCAGCACUAAGUAAAGGAUUUCAUCUGCAGAUUCAAAAGGUAGUUUUCAGAAACUUAGUUGUGGGUUCUUGAAGAUUUCAUCUACAGAAUCAACCUUAGUACCACCCCGUACAGCACAAUAAACAGUACCAUAGGAAAGUACUGCUCAGUAGCUUUCAUUUGAAUGGUCACACCAUAGGAUUUCAUCCACAGACUCAAAAGUUAGAACCACCUUGUAAAUAAACAGUACCUUAGGGAAGUACAUCUCAGUAGCUUUUGCUUUCUAUCAGAUGGCUUUGAAGUGGUUAACAUAUAUUCAGACUGAGAGGUAAAUUAUUAUUUUAACCACAUUGUCUUGUUUGACAAUAAUGUUUCAAUGAUUCUUUGCCCAAGAAGUCUCUUACCUUGCGCUAUUCUAACCCACCAGUAGUUUUUUCCACAGAAUGUUGGCAAAGGAUCUUUGUGGACAGUAGAUCCGGAAUACAGGCCCAACUUGCUCCAAGCACUCAAAAAGACCCCUGCUUUUCACCCGUAUCAUAACCUUUUAACGACGCCACCACCAUCACCAAAAAAUCAUUCCUCAGACAGGUAGAGUUGAUAAAAGCAUAAAUAAAUCUCCCUCUUUACCCCUCAGUAGUGUGUGUAGCAUGAAGGUUAAUGGGGCCGAUCAAAUCAAUGAAACAAAGAAUGUAAUGCGACAUAACCAGUGCAAAACUCUCAACUUUCACCAGGAGGCAAACCAGUCAGCUAUUUUUAUAAGCAUGGCUUAGGACUUGAACUUCCACCUCAAUCAUCCCGUUAAAAUAGAAUUGUAAAGGACAUUCUCAUCAUUUUCAUCAUGCAUGUGCUGUAUUAAAUUUAAAGCAUUGAAAACUCGACUCUAUAACCUCAAGAAUGGAUCAAUAACCCAUUCAAACUAAUCCUUUCAAAGUCUUAAAAUUGAAAUUUGUUUUAGUGAUAUUCUUGAACAUUGAGAAACUAAUUAUAUUUUUCUCUUCUCUCUUCAGCGGUACCCUAGGAAACGGCGUUGGUAAGAAACAUGAUUUAAUAUUUUUAACUUUUAUUCUAAUUAAACUCUAAGAGUUAAUCCAACUGAAGUAUGUAGGUUAGGUGCUGUAUGGGUAGCAAGUGAAGAAGGGUAGCAGUCUAAGCAGUUAUAAGAGGUCUCCCUCGCAACCUGGCCACAGACCAUCUGCUGGCACCUUUCAACACAACACUAAUCAUUGGAUUAUUACCGCAAUUGUAGGGAAAAUUGAAAUUGAUCCUGAUGCAGAAGCAGAAGCAGUUGCGACAAUAUGUAUGAUAAGUACACCUCCAGAAUUGCGUGUUGCUGAAAGUAAGUGAUUUUUGUCAGUGGAUUUCUCUUUUUAUAUCCUUUAACACCUUUAAAAUAGUCCUAACACCUUUUGAUAUUUAUUUACAGUGGUUCGCUGCCAGUCCUGUCCACCUUCUGAAACUGAUAAAGAAGAUCCACUAAGGAAGAGAGCAAAGGAGUAUUACUACAGACAGAGACACAGGGGCUCCUUUUCUGGAGCUGUCUCCAUGGCAAAAGACAAGUCACACUCUUCCCUGCAGACAGAUUCCUAUGGAAGGUAAGAGUAGAGAAGGUCUAGCAUGUGUCAGGCUCUCAGGUGGUAGGGAUACUUCAAAAACAAUUUCAUGGUUGCCCCUGAUCUGGGAAAGAGGGUGGCGGCCAGAAAAGAGUAUUCACUGGUCUCUGCACAUUACUUUUUUGGGGCAUGGAAGAAGUUAAUGAAGGUCUUGCUACUUUAUCUGAGUUAAAAGACAGUCUGGGGUUGUCAACCCCUCUUGCUCCUAAUAGUGGCCAAUGAAAACAUUCACACAAAAAAGUCAAAUUUGUUUUUGUAACAUCCCAAGAAAUAAAUAGUAGCAUGCAAAAGUUCUGCUAAAAAGGUUUUAUUUGAAUGGUAACAGCAUAGGAUUCCAUCCACAGAUAAAAAAGUUCGAAGGACACAAACCAGUAGUAAUGUGGCUGUGAGGAGUUUGAAGGAGGUCUGCAAAAACGUCAUUGACAACACUUUCAUUUUAGUUAGCUACUUGUACCAACAAAUAAAAUCAUAAUUAUUUACCCCCAGCAGAUGGGCGUUACGAUACAAACAUUCACUACACUAGUACAAUACAGAUACAAUAACUGGCUCCUCUAACUCGCUUUACAGGAACAAGAAAGUAACGUUAUCUUCAUCUCUAAGUGGAAUUGAUUCUAUGAGAAUGCGAAAGGAUAUCUCCCCAGACUCCUCACUCGACGGCGAGUUUGAAUUUGAUCAUGGUGGUGAUUCUGAUGAAGAAGACAGUGAAAUUGAUGAGACAAUGGAGAAAGUUGUCAAGGAUGAAUUGAGUGACAGUGGGUAUGGCCAAGGUCUUGAAGACCAAAAUGAACAGAAAAAGGUUUCAAGCAAGGACAAACCUCAAGCCCGUCAUAGACGGGGGCGUAAUAACAGUACAACAGAGAAAAUGAACGCUAUCGCAGGUGCUGACGCAUUAUUAGAACUUGCUAACUCAGCAGUCAUGCCAUUACAAAGCUCCAAUUCUGCUUCUUCAAGUCCUGUUCCGCUGGUUAGCUAGCACUCACUAAGAAGUCAUCUUGUCCAGAACAUGUCAGCUGGCCUUCUCCCUGUGCCGAAAUGGUUUGUUCCACCUUGUUGAUAGGCAAAAAUCUGUUUUGUAUUGUGAAAGGUGAAUCAGCAAUAUUAAUGUCAUGGUAGUGGUGGUAGUUAAUAUGGCGCUUAAAAAUAUACAUUUUCCAGUUCUUGUUCAAAAAUUCAUUUUUUUUUUUAAUUCAGGUUGAACUAUUUAGUAUAUACUGGUUGUAUGGUGUUUUCUUCCAGAGCCUAAAACAUUGUACAGAAAAUGGACAACUGCACUAAAUGAAGCUUUUCCUUGACUAUAAGAUGGGGAUGCCUAGUCCCUACACCCCUCAUCACUACACAAACAUCUGAGCUUGACUUGCUGUAUUUUAUAUUGAGUAUGGUUGCAAAUAGGAUUUUUUCUUGGUUAUUUCGCCCUUGGCGUUGUUUUGAAUUUUUUGAUGCCAUGUUUGCUUCUUACCUUGUUACCAUGACAACCUGGAAAAACGGUGCAUUGCUUUUCAGUUCUACUGACGAGUAAAAUUCGCUCUUAAUUCGUUAGUUAUCAAUAAGAACUAAAGAAAGCGAUACUCUUAAUUACUCUUAAUGAAAGCUACGACGUUUGCCUUAGAGAACAAAUACGAAAUCAGGACAUUCGGUAUGGUACAACUAUCAGGGAGCUUUAUAUUUGGACAGUAUGUUUUGGCUAAAAAAAUCAGUGCUUUUAAUUGAAAAAUUUAAAUGCACCUUACCGCAAUAUACUAAUCAAUUUUAAAUGUUGAUGAAAGAAAAAUCAGGAUGCCUGGCGCUAUUUGCGGAUGAAAAAGCGGUCGUUUUACAAUAAUUUAAAACCAAAUUAAAAUAUUUUAUAAUAUUGGAAUUAAGGACGGUAGAUAAGUUAAAAUUAAAGUAAUAGAUGUCUCAUCAGCUUGGCUAUUAUUGGGUAGUGCUUUUAAAUUUUUUCGUUAGGGUAGGAAAUAUGUCUUAACUGGGGGGAGAUAGCCAAAUAAUUUAAUUUUAAAUGAUAUUCGGGGGCUAAAAAAUUUGUUUUCAAAUUUAUGUUACGGCAAGUAAUAAUCUGAGAAGACAGACGGUGCAUCAAGAUUGACUAUGUUCUCUGCAAAAUACCCUCUGAAUAGACAGGGGCUUUCUAGAGGCCCUUUUUCUUGAAUCGCCACUCGUAAAAGACAAGGUACAAAUUGAAAGCAACAGUUAAUUUGCAAAAUUUCUGCUUCAGAUUUUCAGCUUAGUAUAUUUUUAGUGACUGAUAGGAAUAGUUCGCAUUAGAAUGGCGCUUUUUU